AUGGAGGAAUGGGAGGUUGACGCUUCUUUAGGACUCACCCAAGUCGAGGAAAACGCGUCGGCUCCAUUGGGUAAGGAGGGGCCGACUUUGGGCCAAGAGGCAGGUUCUGGUCGCCAGUUCGUUGUACCUUGUUGUCACGUUCCAGAAUUCCUUGUUUCCACGUCACUGACUCAUAUCAACAGGUCCUGCGACCACCUGGAAUGCUACAUGGUCCUGAUUGCCGCAGAAAAGACGGCCAUCGGCUCCAUCUGUUUCCUGGCUGGCCCCAUCACGCUGCUGGAGAAUGCCCUCAUCCUGGGCUUGAUCGUGGCCACGGCUUCGCUGCGUCAUCAUCCUUCCUAUCUCUUCAUUGGCAACCUGGCGCUGGCUGACGUCUUCGCCAGCUGCUUCUUCACCACCAGCUUCCUGGACUUCCACCUGUUCCGGCGCAGCGACAGCCCCACUGCCUACCUAUUCAAGCUGGGUGGUGUCACCAUGGCCUUCACCAACUCUGUGGGCAGCCUGCUGCUGACCGCCCUGGACCGCUACCUGUGCAUCCACUGGCCGUCCAGCUACAAGGUGUUGCUGACACGCCGCCGAGCCCUUCUGGGGCUACUCUCCCUCUGGAGCGCCACAGUCUUUAUCUCCUCGCUGCCGCUGAUGGGCUGGACAUGUCCCACCGGGUUGGCGUCCCCUUGCUCCCGCCUUUUCCCUUACAUCAGUCGGGGCUACCUGGCCUGCUGGACCAGCUUCAUCCUGGUCCUUCUGGCGCUCAUCCUGGGGGCUUACGUCCUGAUCCUGUGGAAGGCCCACCGCCAUGAGGCCUCCAUGAGCAUCCUCCAGGGGGCAGCAGGGGCAGGCCACGCACGCAUGAGGAUGGACAUCCGGCUGGCGCGCACCUUCAGCCUGAUCAUGCUAACCCUGGUGGGUUGCUGGCUUCCGGCGCUAUCCUUCAUGCUAGCCGAUGUGACUGUGGUGCUGACCCGCACCCAGCAGAGGGCCUUCGCCUUCUGCAGCACCCUCUGCCUCCUCAACUCAGCCAUCAACCCCCUUUUGUACGCCUUGCGCUGCAGGGAGCUCAGACUCGCCCUGCUGCACCAGCUCAAGGUCCUCAGCCAGGCUGCCAGGUGUCAAAAGGCCACCGCGGGAAAUUUGGACCCAAGACCACGAUCAACAGAGAACUAUAGUACCAUUGAAAUGCCCAGAAGCUCCCAAUUUUGCUCUGUUUUGGAAACAAUGGACAAGCAGUAGCUGGAUAUUAGGACACUAAAAGGCACUAAGUAGUUGCUCACAAGUAAUAUAUUCUCCUCUGGAAAAAAAUUAAGAGGACUUCAAAGUCAAGAAUGAACUUUGGGGAAAAAGCUGCUUGCAGUGUUCGGGCCACAAUCGUAGAGAUGUUUACAGAAAAUGACAUCAACACUUCAGUCUCUUUGCAUUGCAAUGAAGAUUUGUUGGUAUCAACUGAUAAUUUUGGUCUAAUUUUUUUCCAGAGCUAGCUCACCAUUUUGAACAAGUAUACACAGUGGUACUCCGAAAGUUGAUUCGUGACACCUCAGAAAAUCUUGUGAGACUCUUAACUCAAGUUUUAGGGCCACUUUCAUUGUGAUGCCACCACAGAGAGAGAUUAGAAAUUAACUUGUUACAACGUAUCAGUAGCCUUGCAACAAAGCAAGAUUUUGCGAGAUCUCUGUCAUGGCUGCUCAGUAAAAUAUGACUAAAGUUAUUUCAGUUUUAACAUUAUGCAUAUAGUCAUGAUUUUUAAAUGACCACAUUUACAACUUUUGUAGGAAAUCACAAUGUCCCUAAACUGGUGAGCUAUCUUUAGAACAGGCAACUACUCAUGUGGUCCUUUUUUUUUGGGGGGGGGGGUCAAUCUUGUGCCUGUGGGUACCAUAUAGGUGACCCCUGGUGUAGAAUGUGAGGAUGGUGACCCCAAGAGGACAAAAUAAUACAUGCACCUCACAUGCAUAUUUUGUAUUUGUAUUAUACAUAAAACUUUAAAAUGUA